AUAUGACAGACUGUUAGAACUAGAACAAAUUAGGGAGGUCAUCUAAGCCAAGCCCUUCCUUAUAUAAAUAAGGAUAACUAAGACCCAGAGAGAUGAAAUGAUGAGCCAAAAUGACUUUAACCGGGCCUUGAAGUCUGAAAUGGUCACUUUGAACAGGGAGCCUUUGGGAUUCCUCUAUCCUCAUGGAAGAAAAGGGAUGAGAGUAGGUACAGGGACCUCAAGUGAUGACGUCCUGAGAUGUCCCAGGAGUUGGAGACAGGUGUGGUCAGGGAGAAUCCGUUCCAAUCACCAAACUGAAGGGAGGGGGGAAGUUUUCCUCAAUCAAAUUAGCCUCUACUGUGACAAAUGCAGAGAAAUAAUGAAAACGAAACUUUCGGUUGCUGAUUUUAUUUAGAUAAAUCAGUAACUCCCCCUGAUUUUAUAUUUUCCUUUAGCAGGUAAGAUGGUUCUUCCCAACUUUAUCCAUCUCAACCAGUCUGGCCCCACUGAAUUUGUAUUCCGGAUGUUUACUUCUUCCCCUAGGAUGCAGGCCCUCCUCUUCCUUCUCUUUCUCCUCCUUUAUGUGAUGAUCCUCUGUGGAAACACUGCCAUCAUCUGGGUUGUGUGCACCCACACUUUCCUCCGUACCCCCAUGUACUUUUUCCUAUCCAACCUGUCCUUUCUGGAGAUCUGUUACACCACUACUGUGGUUCCGUUAAUGCUCUCCAACAUCUUUGGAGCCCAAAAACCCAUCCCACUGGCUGGCUGUGGGGCCCAGAUGUUCUUUUUUGUCACCCUUGGCAGUACUGACUGUUUCCUACUGGCUGUCAUGGCAUAUGACCGCCAUGUGGCCAUUUGUCAUCCUUUGCACUACACCCUCAUCAUGACGCAGAAGCUGUGUACCCAGAUGGUGGUUGGCUCCCUGGGCCUGGCUCUCUUUCUAUGCCUUCAGCUGACAGCAUUGAUCUUCACCCUGCCCUUCUGUGGUCACCACCAGGAGAUCAACCACUUCCUUUGUGAUGUACCACCUGUCCUACGCCUGGCCUGUGCUGAUACCCAAGUUCACCAGGCUGUCCUCUAUGUGGUAGGAAUCCUUGUACUGACUGUCCCAUUCCUGCUUAUCUGCAUCUCUUAUGUCUUCAUCACCACCACCAUCUUGCGCAUCCGCUCAGCUGAAGGCCGCCGGCGAGCCUUCUCCACCUGCUCUUCCCAUCUCACAGUGGUCCUGCUGCAAUAUGGCUGCUGUAGCCUAGUCUAUCUGCGUCCCAGGUCCAGCACCUCAGAGGAUGAGGAUCGACAGAUUGCCUUGGUCUACACCUUUGUUACCCCCUUGCUUAACCCUCUCAUUUACACACUACGGAACAAGGAUGUCAAAGAUGCUCUCAAAAAAUCCAUGAGCAGCAAAGCAGCCUCUGAAACUCCAUGAAAGAACAGGGUGGCAACCUCACGGUUGGUAGGACAGAGAGAUCUUUAAAAAGCACAGUUCUAAUA